AUGAAGAAUUCUGAAAAUGAUCGCGUAGUUCCUAUAAAUCUACUUGAAGAUUACGUAACAAAUAAUCCUAUUUUACAUGGGCAACAAUCAACUUUACAUGAGAAAUUUUGUUGUGAAUAUAAAAAUAAUACUUGUCAAAAUCAGUUAAACAACAAUUUCAAUAUUCAAUCUGAAUCAAAAUGUUCCACAUGUUCAAACAGAAAACUUUUAAUUCUACCUAAUCAAACCAAUAAUGAUCAUGAUAGUUAUGUAUAUGAUUGUUGUGAAUUAAAACAAGAUCCUUUUCAAUAUAUCAUCAAUUCAAUUUAUGACAGUAAUAAUUCUAAUUGUACAAUAAUAUCAUUUCUUCAAAAUGAUAAUCAUAAUCAUAAUAAUAAUCGUGAUGAGAAAUCAUUCAAUUCAAAUCAAACUCCUUUAUUGAAUUCAAUUUAUACAAAUGAGUUUUGUUUAAAUGAAUUAAUGUCAAAUUCAAUGAUCAAUAAUCCAUAUUCAUCGUAUUUCAAAUAUCAUACGAAAACUUAUCCAAUUCAAAGAUCAUAUGAUACAAUCCGUCAUAAUUGUAUGUUAUACUCUAAUACAAUCAAUGAAAAUAUUCAUCUGUUUAAUAAACCACAACAACAACAACAACAGAAUUGUAUUCAUUGUAUAUUGAAAUGUGACAAUUCAGUUUUAGCGCCUAAAUUAAACGAAACUAUUUCUUAUUAUGAUGAUGAUAAUAAUAAGAGUAUUAACAAAAUGAAUGCCAAUACUAUCCAUUAG